AGUUUAACCAAUGAAAGGAGAGGAGAUGCCCCCACCUUCCAUCAGUCUCAAAUCCGACGUCCAGACUUGGAUUUCUUUUCGCCAAUCACAAGACGUUUUCCCUCCAUGGCUCCACCCUUUACCCAGAAGCUCUCCAAUCCGUGCGUGUUUCUCAUCCGGACUCUAUUUCCCGGAAGGCUUUGCGGCCUGAGGCGACCUGUCGGGUCCUUAGCGUCUUGGCGGCAGUUGGUGGAGCCGGAGCUGUGAGUCCGUCUGUGGCGCUGCCUGAGCGUUCUCCUGAGUCUUGCCCAAAGCUCUUCCCUCCAGCCUCUCACCCUAACCCUCCCCCUCAGAGAACGGCGUCAUCCUGAGUCCUGCCUCAGGUCAGGCGUCCACGGAGGUCGGCACGCCCCUCCGCGUCUGCCCGCGGCGCAGCAAGGACCCCGUCCGGGCCGCCGUCGCCUCGUCGCUAUGGCGCCCACCAUCCAGACCCAGGCCCAGCGGGAGGAUGGCCACAGGCCCAAUUCCCACCGGACUCUGCCUGAGAGAUCUGGAGUGGUCUGCCGAGUCAAGUAUUGCAAUAGUCUCCCUGACAUCCCCUUCGACCCCAAGUUCAUCACAUACCCUUUUGACCAGAACAGGUUUGUCCAGUAUAAAGCGACCUCCUUAGAGAAACAGCACAAACAUGACCUCCUGACUGAGCCAGAUCUGGGAGUCACCAUUGACCUCAUCAACCCCGACACCUACCGCAUUGAUCCAAAUGUUCUCCUGGAUCCAGCUGAUGAGAAGCUUUUAGAAGAGGAGAUUCAGGCUCCCACCAGCUCUAAGAGAUCCCAGCAACAUGCAAAAGUAGUGCCAUGGAUGCGGAAGACAGAAUACAUUUCCACUGAGUUCAACCGUUAUGGCAUCUCUAAUGAGAAACCUGAGGUCAAGAUUGGGGUUUCUGUGAAGCAGCAGUUCACUGAGGAAGAAAUAUAUAAAGAUAGGGAUAGCCAGAUCACGGCCAUCGAGAAGACUUUUGAGGAUGCCCAGAAAUCAAUCUCCCAGCAUUACAGCAAGCCUCGAGUGACACCAGUGGAGGUCAUGCCUGUAUUCCCAGACUUUAAGAUGUGGAUCAACCCAUGUGCUCAGGUAAUCUUUGACUCAGAUCCAGCUCCCAAGGACACAAGUGGUGCAGCUGCAUUGGAGAUGAUGUCUCAGGCCAUGAUCAGGGGCAUGAUGGAUGAGGAAGGGAACCAGUUUGUGGCCUAUUUCCUGCCUGUGGAAGAGACACUGAAGAAACGAAAACGGGACCAGGAGGAGGAGAUGGACUAUGCACCAGAUGAUGUGUAUGACUACAAGAUUGCUCGGGAGUACAACUGGAAUGUGAAGAACAAGGCUAGCAAGGGCUACGAGGAAAACUACUUCUUCAUCUUUCGAGAGGGUGAUGGAGUUUACUACAAUGAGUUGGAGACCAGGGUCCGCCUUAGUAAGCGCCGGGCCAAGGCUGGAGUUCAGUCAGGCACCAAUGCCCUGCUCGUGGUCAAACACCGGGACAUGAACGAGAAGGAAUUAGAAGCCCAGGAGGCACGGAAGGCCCAGCUGGAAAACCACGAACCAGAGGAGGAAGAGGAGGAGGAGAUGGAGGCAGAAGAGAAAGAAGCUGGGGGCUCAGAUGAGGAGAACGAGAAGGGCAGCAGCAGUGAGAAGGAGGGCAGCGAGGACGAGCGCUCAGGCAGUGAGAGUGAACGAGAGGAAGGUGACAGGGAGGAGGCAAGUGACAAGAGUGGAAGUGGUGAGGACGAGAGCAGUGAGGAUGAAGCUCGGGCUGCUCGGGACAAAGAGGAGAUCUUUGGUAGUGAUGCGGAUUCGGAGGAUGAUGUGGACUCUGAUGAUGAGGACAGAGGACGGGCCCGAGGUGGCAGUGACAAUGAUUCGGACAGUGGCAGUGACGGGGGUGGCCAGCGGAGCCGGAGCGCCAGCCCCUUCCCCAGUGGCAGUGAACACUCAGCCCAGGAAGAUGGCAGUGAAGCUGCAGCUUCUGAUUCCAGUGAGGCUGACAGCGAUAGUGACUGAGCCCCAGACCGUUCAGAGGGGAAGCACAGACACAUGCUCAGAGCAAGGCACUUUUCUAGUGGUCUAUUUGUGAGCCCUUCACUUUAUUUGUCACCGCCCCUCCCCCCACUCCAACCUUUGCUGUUAAUAAAGUCAGCUUCUCUUGAUGUA